AUGUCCGAGGCCGAGCAGGCUUCUUUGACGGUGCAGGCUCUCAGCUCGGGGACCGGCAAUGCCGCGAUUGGCAUCAGCAUUAUCGUGUUCAUGUCGAUCGCGCUUUACAAUGCCGUGGAACUGUCCGUGCUAAUCCCGCUAAGCUUCCAUCGCUACCGAAGCCUCUACUUCUGGGCACUUUUUACCUCCGCUUUGCUAGGCGUGAUUCCCCAAACGAUCGGGCAGGGCUUGCAAUUCUUCAAUCUCGCGCCGUUGUGGCUGAGCAUGUUCCUCUCGAAUUUCGGGUUCGUCUUUCUCGUUCCGAAUCAAUCUGUCGUGCUGUAUUCGCGGCUACACCUGGUCUCGCAGAAUCCGGUCAUGCUGGGCUUUGUGCGGUGGUUGAUCGUGUUUGCUUAUAUUGCGAUCGUUAUCCCCACAGUGAUACUGAACGUGGGCUCGUCCUAUCUCACGCAGUCUGCUGGGUGGGUGAAUGGGUUUGAGGCUAUGGAAAGAAUCCAGGUGACUUGGUUCACGGCCCAGGAGGUACUCAUUUCGACUAUUUAUAUCGUGGAUACGAUACGGCUGAUUCGAUUGAGUCCCGAGGCGGAUGCGCGUCGGCAUAAGAUUUUGUAUGAGCUGUUGGCUGUCAAUAUUGCGGCUAUUGUGAUGGAUUUGACACUUGUUAUCUUGCAGUAUCUGGGGUAUUACUUUACCCAGAUUGAGCUGAAGCCUAUGUUUUAUAGUAUCAAGCUGAAGCUUGAGUUUGCUGUGCUGGGCAUGUUGGUUUCGAUUGUGCAUUCGCAUAGUUCUAAUCCGCCGACAUGGAGGGCUGAUUGUACUACCUCGGAGUUUUCAUAG